AUGAAUCAACAUUCAUAUACAUACCUCUCUAUUGGUCGUGUCGAUAUCACCGAGCUCUGUUGCGUCGUGAACGAUGAAGACUCAUUAUCCCACGUCAAGUUUUAUGGUGUAUCAGACUCAAACUGGACUAUUAUUAUAUGGUUUAUCCCUUAUGUCUUAAUUAUGAAACAGUGUCCUGAGACAAUCCAAAGACUACUAGGAUGUCUUUUGGUCCUGUUAAUAACUAAUCGAGUCUCAUCUCUGGGCUACAGUCCUAUCCAGUCUCCUCAGAGGUACCGUAGUGAACAGGAUGGCUUCAACACACCGAACACUCGAUCAACACAGGAGGCCCCUAUGUCUAAUUUUAUUAUCUCUAUGAGUUAA